AUGGGACACGCUGAGUCCAAGGAGAGGCUCUUGUUUAUUGAUAUAGUUAAACAUAUGAUAAAUGGAAGAGGAAUUAAAGUAACUAACAAGCAAUUAACUCAGUUUUUUCAGUUUGUACAGGAACAAUGCCCAUGGUUUCCAGAACAGGGAACAGUUAAUAUAGAAACAUGGCAAAAGGUGGGGCAAACUUUACAAGUAUAUUACAGUCAUUUUGGACCUGAGAAGGUCCCAGUAGAUACUUUUACUUUAUGGAACCUUAUUAGAGAGAGCAUUGCCCCCUUGCCUGAAGGUCAGAAGAACCCAUAUAAAUAUCCUGCAGAAGUAAUGGAUAAAUGUACUCCGUUACUUUCCCCAAAACCGUCAAAAGAAACUGAGGUUUUGGCUGCUGCUUUAAAAGACUGUAACCUUAAUGAUAAUGACUCAGAGGAGGAAGAUGAGUCACCUACUGAUAAAAACUCUAAUUUGUUAAAAAGUCCUCCUUUUGAUGAUGAAUUGCCUCCUGCAGAUCAGGAUGAUUUAGAUGCUGCUGCAUAUGAUUAUGAAAGAAGGAAGUACGAACCCCCUGGUGCUUUUUCAAUGCAAGAAACUAAGAAAAAUAGACCUAAUUUACAUGACAUGCGUCCCUUGGGUCGUUUACCGACCGCACCACCAGCUUCACUUUUUCCUCUAAAAGGGUCAAGAAGCCGAAUUUCAAAUGUCGGAGGUUUGCCACCUCCGCCACCUUUUAAUAAAGGUCAAGGCGAACAUAAAAGACAUAGGAGAAUAAACGGUGAGGAUGAUGAUUAUGCUUUUGCGGCCUGUUUUCCAGUCAUUUUUGAGGGUGAUUUUGAUGAUGAUGUAUAUUGGGAUCCCUUGCCUCUAAAACUUUUAAAAGAACUUAAAAAGGCCUGUAUAGAUUAUGGACCACUGGCGCCUUACACCAUGACUCUUAUAGAUGCCUUAGCAAAUAGAUGGAUGACUCCAUAUGACUGGAUUCAGGUUACCAAGGCCUGUUUAUCGGGAGGACAAUAUUUACUUUGGAAGGCAGAAUAUGAGGAACAGGUGGCUAAACAAAAUGCUUUAAAUAAGAAAUGGGAUAAAUUUAAUAUUACUAAAGAUAUGUUAUUAGGUCAAGGAGAAUAUGACUCAACCCAACAGCAGAUGCAUAUGGGAAAAGAGGCCUUAUGGCAGGUAACUACAUGUGCAGUGAAUGCCUGGAAGUCUUUGCCUUUGACUCCAGGAAAAGCCUCCACCUUAACAGAUUUAAGACAAAAACCUGAGGAGGCAUAUGAGGAUUUUGUUUCUCGGUUGUUAACAGAGAUAAAAAGAGUGAUAACUGAUGAGGAUGCAGCUAACAUACUAGCUAAACAAUUAGCCUUUGAAAAUGCAAACCCUGUUUGUCAGAACUUGAUUCGGUCAAUCAGAAAAACUGGAAGCAUUUCAGAUUUUAUUAAACAAUGUUCUGACGUGGGACCCUCCUAUAUGCAAGGGAUUGCCUUGGCAGCUGCCCUAAAGGGAGAAACGCUUCCUCAAUGCAUGAUGAAUAUGGUUCAAAAAACAAAAAACCCUAAGGGGCCAAAGGGAAAUAAUUGUUUUGCUUGUGGAGGCGCCGGCCAUUUCAGUAGGGAAUGUCCUAAUAAAAAUGCGCCUCCAGCAGGUCCUGUUAGAAUGAUACCUUCUGGUAAUGUUGGGGUCCCAAAAACUCCUUGCCAAAGAUGUGGGAAAGGAAAUCAUUGGACUAAAUUGUGUAGGAGUAAAUAUCACAAGGACGGACACAUUCUUCCCCUUAAUGGGGUUUCUACAGUGCCUCAGGCUGGAGCUCAGAUGCCAAUGUAUCCUACUCCUGUUUUUCCAGAUACACUUACUGGAACUAAUUCGGGAAACUUACUUCGGGCCCAACCCCGGGCCCAACAAACAAUAGGGGCAAUUCACCAGACGCUCAAUCCCUUUCUUCCCUCAGGGGAAUUGAUAAAUUGUUCAGGGCCACCCCAGGCAGCGCAGGAUUGGACCUCUGUGCCACCUCCGCAACAAUACUAA